GCUGCAGCAUCAAUUCAUUCUUUCGAAGGGCAUCCGCUUUUCAAACUAGACAGGAUGGUCCUAUCAUUUAUUCUUGUUCAGAAUCGCCAGGGGAAGACGCGGCUUGCCAAAUGGUACGCCCCAUACAGUGACGAAGAGAAGGUUAAGCUGAAAGGCGAGGUCCAUCGCUUGGUAGCUCCGAGAGACCAGAAAUACCAGUCGAACUUUGUUGAGUUCAAGCGGAGUACGAAGAUCGUAUACCGGCGAUAUGCGGGGUUGUUCUUCUGCGCCUGCGUCGACGCCACUGAUAAUGAGCUGGCCUAUCUGGAGGCUAUCCACUUUUUCGUCGAGGUUCUGGACCAAUUCUUCGGAAACGUCUGUGAGCUAGAUUUGGUGUUCAAUUUCUACAAGGUAUAUGCCAUUCUGGACGAGGUGUUCCUUGCGGGCGAAAUUGAGGAGACGAGCAAGCAGGUCGUGCUCACGAGGUUGGAACACUUGGACAAACUGGAAUGAGGAGAAAGCAGUAGUGAGAAGGGUGGACUGCAAGAGGGUGCGGAGGCAGUUGAAAUCUUGCUCCAUGCCUGUGCGGCUUCGAUUUGGCUUCAGUUGCAUAUAUGACCACGGGCUAUGGUCAUCAUAGGAGUUAGGGCUUUCUUGGAUCUGGUUCUUUAAUGCAGGUUUUUUUCCUCCUGCACUGUUACAUACCUCUAGCGCUCGUCUGAAACUUCCUCAUGGCGAUAUCUAAUGUACAAAUUCUAAUUUCUU